AUAAUGAGUCAGCAGGUUUCUUUCUAGAUAACAGACUUUCUGUGUCUGUUAGCAGAGUUAGCUUUCUUCUACUGUGUCUGAUGAGCUGAAUAUUUGUGUUUCCACACCAACAAUGUCUUCAUCUCAGUCUCUGAGAGACUUUAUCAGGGAGCGACUGACCGCUGCUGCUGAAGAAAUAUUCACAGAGUUUGAUAAAACCAUCGUCGAGUACGAGGCCCAGCUGGAUCGUCAGCGGAGACUGCUGGAAAUCUGUUGGAAACCCCAAAUAGAUCUGCAGAGAAUAGACCUCUCACAGCAUUUUGUCUGGAAGGAGGAGGAGGUUAUUACUGACCAGCAGCUCUGCAGCCAGGACAAGAACUCCAGUUUGGGCCAACAGGAACAGGAUGAACCAGAAUCUCCCCAGAUAAAAGAGGAACCAGAACGAGCACAGAUAAAAGAAGAGGAGGAUGAAUGUUGCAUCAGUCUGGAGAAAGAGCAGCUUGAACUGAAGCAGGAGUUUGAUAUCAUUUUAGUGAGUCCUAUUGAUGAAGAAGGAGAGAACCGAGAACCAGAUGUCUCUUUGUUGUGCCCAGAACCAAACUGGGAGCAAGACACCGUCCAGAUCUCUUCUGACCAGGAAAGAAGCCACCAUGAAGAAUCAGGAUCGAGCAGAGCUAGAGAGGAAGAACUGAAGCAGAAAAAAUGGUGUCAGAAAAUCAGAGGUCACAGUGUCGAUCUAGACAACCCAAAAGUUAAAAGACAGAAGAAAGCACACCUGAAUGACAAUCUGUGUUCUUGUAAAGUUUGUGGCAAACUUUUUACUCGGAGCAAUUUGACUAAGCAUGUGAGAACACACACCGGUGAGAAGCCGUUUUCCUGCGUGACCUGUGGAAAAAAAUUUGGUCAGAGGUAUCAUUUGACGGUUCACACGAGAACUCACACAGGCGAGAGGCCUUUCUCCUGUCUGACUUGUGGAAAAAGCUUUACCAUGAGAAUUGCGUUGACGCGUCACGUGAGAACUCACACUGGUGAAAAGCCUUUCUCGUGUGUGACCUGUGGAAAAAGCUUUGGCCAAAGAACUCAUUUGACCGUUCACAUGAGAACUCACACCGGCGAGAGGCCUUUCUCCUGUUUGACUUGUGGAAAAAGCUUCACCCUGCAGAUUUCGCUGACCCGGCACAUGAGAAGUCACACAGGAGAGAAGCCGCUGUUGUGUGUGAUCUGUGGAAGAAGUUUCAGCGAACGAGGAAAUUUAUCUCGGCACAUGAGAACCCAUGCGCGUUAGCUGUUUCAGUAAACACGCCAAGGUGAGCAGGUGUAAUAUUGUAAAUUUCAUAAUGCUCUUAAACUAAAGGGGAAUAUCAAGACAGCUAGGAGAAAAGUUGGGCUCAGCUUUUCAUCACUAAACAGUUCUUUUAAAAGGAAAGGUCUGUCUGUGAAGUGUAAUGAAUGUAAAACUAUACUCAUUAUCAAGCAGGACAUUAAAUGCAGGUACAUCUAAAAAAAAUUAUAAUAAUGUGAAAAGCAUUUCAGAAUGUGAAACUUAAAAAGAUUCGUUACACCUACAGUGAAAUAUUUUAAGCCUUAAUUUGUUGUAAUUUUGAUGAUUAUAGCUUUUAGGUCAUGAAAACCCAGAUUACAGCCUCUCAGUAAAGUAGAAUAUUGUGAAAAAGUUACAUGUUGUAAACAUUGUGUCACACAAUAAUCAGCUAAUUAACUGAUUUAUCUCAAAAGGUCUCUGCUAAAGAAGCUGCUUGUCAAUAGGAUGUUUUAUUCAAGCGGAUUCAUGGAAAGUUGAGUGGAAGUUAAAAAAA